AUGGAAUCUUCGCAAAUUGAAAACCGGCCUUUGGUUUCCGGCAGGUUCAAACUAUCUGAUUCUGACAGGAAGUUUGAGUUAUUCAACCCAGCAACAAUGGAGCGGGUAGCUUUGGUAUAUGAAGCGGGCGCCGACGACGUCAAUAUUACUGUAAAGUCUGCCGUCCAAGCCUUCGACUCUUGGUCCACUCCACUCUCGGUGCAGAUGGGCGGACUUUGA